AUGCAAUCACCAACCGCCGAGCAAAGACUCCAAGUUACUUCGGACCAUCUUACAAAUGCUCCCAUUGGUAAUCAAUCCAAAGACGCAUGGGUUCACAGCCACUUAAUACCGAGUACACACCCCAUCAAGGGCCGCCAGCUGCUCGCCGCACAACCCAUUAGCAGAGGCGAACUCCUCCUGAUAGACCCGCCGUACGCCGUAAUCCCGGUGGUGGACAACCCACUGGACAGUGAUAGUCUUCUAUGCAGCAAUUCCAAAUGCAGUCGAAAGAUCGUCCCCAGCACUAAAUCCGUUUCCUGCCCGAGCAGCUGCGUCCCCGAUGUAGCCUGGUGUAAUCACGUUUGUCGGACAAUGGAUGAACAGCGGCAUGGUUUUGAGUGUAUCUGGCUGCAGAAAUAUGCCACUUCGAUCCGAUCGAAACGGGGAGAAUAUGAUUUUGGGAUGCUCUGGUUGAUUGUCCGUAUCCUGGCCUCAAGACAUAUUGAAACACAACAACCCUCGACAGCGACAGUUCAAAACUUGUCCACCACACCAGCCUUUCAGUCAGGAUGGCACGGAAUUCAAUCCCUCUGUGGCUCACCAGACACGUGGGCACACUCACAGGUUCGAUCCUGGAGCACAAUGGUCAAGAAAUACCUCCAAAACACCCCCUCGUUACCACAUGGGAUGAACAUGGAUGAAAUCCUGGCCCUGGUCUGCCAGGAAGAAGCCAACUCCUUUGGAUUUUAUCCUCGGGAAACAGGCAUAAUCCCAUUCCCUGAUUCACCGGUCCAUCGAGGAAUCCAGUUCGCAGCAGCUGUAUGCCCCCGAGCAGCAUUGGCAAAUCACUCGUGUAGGCCCAAUAUUAUCCACAAACCGGAUCGUAUUGGUAGGAUGGUGUUUGUGGCUUCGCGAGAUAUCAAGGUCGGAGAAGAGUGCUGCAUAUCAUAUUUCGAUCUGACGCAGUAUGUGGAUCUACGAACGCGACGAGAAUAUCUGCAGAGGUCGUUUCGAUUUCUUUGUAAAUGUGAUCGGUGUCUAGAGGAAGAGAUACCAGAGGAAGACAGUAAUUGGGAUGCAUUUCCGUUGCUUGAUGAUGAAUGA